UCCAGCAGUGGAGGAGAGAGCGGAGCAGCAGCAGCAGCAGCCGGAGACUGCAGCACAUCAUCGGCUCGUCACCGCGGAGCCUCCCGGUCCACGCCACGAACGCACCCAGUCCACCAGUGGAAUGGGGGGCACGUAGAUAGCCCAGCAGGUUUCCUGGAGGCGGCGCGGGGGAAGCGGAGCGCGGCAAGAUGGUGUCGUGGAUCAUAUCGCGGCUGGUGGUCCUGGCUUUUGGGACGCUUUACCCCGCUUAUGCAUCAUACAAGGCUGUUAAAACGAAGAACGUGAAGGAAUAUGUGAAGUGGAUGAUGUACUGGAUCGUGUUUGCGCUGUUUUCCACAGCAGAGACGGUCACAGACAUGCUGGUCUCAUGGUUUCCAUUUUACUUUGAGCUGAAGAUCGCCUUCGUCAUCUGGCUCCUGAGCCCCUACACCAAAGGCUCCAGCGUGUUGUACCGCAAGUUCGUCCACCCGACGCUGUCAAACAAAGAGAAGGAGAUAGACGAGUACAUCGCACAGGCUAAAGACAGGAGCUAUGAGACGAUGAUGAAGUUCGGGAAGAGGGGUCUCAACAUAGCUGCUACUGCUGCUGUCACUGCAGCCACCAAGGGGCAGGGCGUGCUGUCCGAUAAACUGCGGAGCUUCAGCAUGCAAGACCUGACGCUCAUCAACUCGGAGGACGAGCUCUCGCUGCACACGUCGGACGCCCGGACCAGACGGGACCACAUGGAAGACAUGAGCUCGGGGGCCAGCACGCUGCCCCGGGCCAAGAGCACUGCAGCCAGGCAGACUCGCUCGCUGGCGGCCGCGUCCAUGGCCGACGACGCCUCCUCACAGCACAGCUCGGACCAGUCGGACACCAGGACUGAGCACUCAGACGAGGACGUGGCUGACAAGGGGCCCAAGAAGGUGUCUGCAGUCAAGGCCACCAAGAAACCCGCUGCUGCUAAGACGGAGGCUCCAGCAACAAAGACGGUGAAGAAGCCAGUGAAGAAGAAAACCACUGCUGAGACGCCGCCGUGAGCACGGUGGUCCACUCACCCGCAGCCUGCCCCCUGCUGAGUCUAGCGCACACAAACACACUGGUAUAUGUAUAUCACACUCACACACAGACAUCCUGCCACUGCUUGGGCUACUACAGCCAAAAUAAGACUUUGCAUCGCUUCAUACAGGCAACAGCCUUUUUGUGAGUGAUCCAAGUGAGCUGUUCUCUUACUCUGUUUACAGUUGUUUUUUUAUUUUUUAUUCCUGACUGAUCUCUUCUGUUUCUAAUGACACACAUGUUCUGGGUAUGAGGAGUCAUGACGGCAGAGAGUCUGCAUUCAGAGCUGCAAGACUGAGCUGGUUUGAGUUGGUUCACCAUGACUUUUGACUGGGAAUCCAAUAUAAUGCAGCAGGUUUUAUUCCUCUUUCAAUCUCAUUUUCAUCCGUAACGGCCACCUCUUUUAUCUGUUGGAUGCUUUCUCUGUUCUCGCCGUCUUCACCUCGGAGUGAGUCUGCCUCGGCCAAGUCACACUCUCUCACACCCAGGCAGUUUUUAAGUCACGUCAUGGUGUUUAUUUACCGUGAGGUAAUUACCUUCUCUUUGGAUAAAAGCAGCUACUGACGUAGCUCAGCUCCCUUCGAGUGGAUUUCAGCGUCAUACCAGUGAGCAGUGGUGAGACCUUCAGCUCUUCAGUUUCCCUAUCGUCUUCUGUUGCUCGCAUCAACACUGACAUGUAACCAAAAAUGAGUAUUACCCACUGCUUCUACCCCUGAGAUGCUGGUGGGGAAGGUGGUUGACAGGGCUUGUGCCACUCCUGUGUGAGCCACUAGGGGGAGACAAACUCCACCUUGAGUGAGGGAAACGUUGUAAAUACAACAUUGUAAAUAGACUCACCAGUGUAAAGUGAAAUAGAGCUUGCUUGCCUUAUUCAUGCUCUGGACCGGUGUUUUUUUUUAUUUUUAUUAAGUGUUUUUAAUUCAUCCAAACUCUUAAGUUAUUCUCUUCAGAUGGAGCUGCUGCUUCUUGAUUUGAACCUCUUUCACAUGAAGCUGCAAAUGAAAAUAAAUAGUCACUUGCACCUCAAUUUGUUGAGAGGACUUUUGGAAGUGCCACGUCUCACCUUGACCCUGUCUGUUGUGCAUCGGCCUAGACAUUUAAACUGUGUUACAAGGAGUCUGAUUUGGUCACGUUUGACUUUUUGAGCAUAGUCUGCAUAUUUGUUUGUGCGAAUCAUUUACGCUCCGCGUGGAAGCGCAUCCAACUGUAUGUGCCCCGGAACAAGAAGGCUCUUGUGUAAGUUAUGGAUCUGCUAAUAAAGGAAAUCAACAUGAAGUACUCGGCGCGUCCUUCUCAUUUCUGAAAGUGAGUUC